UGGACACUGCUGGCCUGCAGUGCAAACCGAUAGGCUAUUUAAUUUCAGAAUUUGUUACAAUUAGGUUAAGGGUCAGAUUUAGAUUAUAUUGGCUCAUUGUUUUCAGGUCAGUAGGUACCCACACUUUUCUGCGAGUGUCUCUUUUAAAAUCAUCAUCAAUCAGCAGACAAUCUUUCUACAUGAUUACCUGAUUGGUCAAUCUACACCCACGCCAAGGAAGUGCAAACAGAAUUCUUCCGGUCACUGUGUUUGGUUUGAAUCGAAGAAGAAUGUCAGUAAGUAGGAUAUUAGAGGCACUUUAGUCAACAAGAUGAAGAUCAAACAACGUUCAAAAACUACGCCACUGCACAAAAAAAACAUGGGGACUAAACGCCAUGGAAACGUGGGUAUAACACAAACAGAACAUGACCCACAGUCAGGUGAUGACUCCACCAGCAGAGAUGAAUCAGAUUGUACCCAAGCACUCUCAAAGAGCACCAGUUCAACUCAUUCAGAUUCUAGUCCACUCCACAAGGAUCCUGUGGUAGUGCUAACCAGGUUGGCUGAGGUGGUGGUUAAGACACUUCUGAGAGACAUUAAAGUUUGUUUGGUGAAGGAGGUGACGGAUGUCAGGAGGGAUGAAGACAACCAUGGAGGUUCUCCUCAGUUCUUUCCUUGUCCACACUGCACCAUCUCCUUUACUGACUGUUACUUCCUGGAGAACCACAUCAAGACCAAACACCAGAAGCAGUACCUGGCCAUGUUGAGAAGCCAAGUCUCAAAGAGUAAAAGAGUGUACGGCCCCACACACCUCUGUCCCCACUGUAGCUGCAUGUUCCAUACACCACGACAGCUAGACAUUCAUAACCGCCAGGCCCACCCCUCUGCCCGUCCCCAGAAACCUGCCCCUCCCCGGAGAACUGGCCUUCCCCACAGGGUACAGGAGAAAUUCCACACCUGCCCACAGUGCUCCCGCAGAUUCAAGUACCUGGGCAGCCUGCUGAAGCACUGCAAGAGUUUGCACAAAAUGGCCGUUGUUCUCACCAAUGGACACAUCAGUUGCGCAGACUGUGAGAAGAGCUUUGAGAAUUGCUGGGGCCUGGGGCCUCACCGGUGUCACGAACCAGAGGGCAAUAAACCUAAGGACGCUAAACAGAUGGUCAUUAAGGAAGUCGGCUUCCAAUGCUUAGAUUGUGGCAAGAUCCUCACUACUCCUACGAGCCUGAACGCUCACAUGCGCAUCCACACUGGGGAGAGGCCAUUUGAAUGUUCUGAAUGCCACAAACGCUUUAUCUGCUCUGCUUCUCUGACCCUGCACAUGAGGACCCACACUCACCGUGACGUAAAGCCAUACUCCUGCCAAGAGUGUGGGAAAAGCUUUUAUGAACAGAGUCAUGUGAACGGCCACAUGAAAAUCCACAAGGGGAAACGUUAUUCCUGCCCCCACUGCUUUCUCAGCUUUGCGCGCAAGUCCAACCUCUCCAAACACCUGCUUAGACGUCAUAAACCUAAAUGAUAAUGAUGUAUAUUAACAUAGCACCUUUUAUGAAACUCUGUUACUCUUAUGAAUUAAAUGGAGGGGAGUCUGAUCUCUUUUGUCAGUGAUCGAUGUGACAUCAAAUUCUAACUAAAUUUUGCCCCAGGUUUAUGAUAACGCUGCAAUGUUUUAACAAUCCUCCAGUUGGGUCACAGUGAGCUCCAUGUAUUGGGACAGUGACACGUUUUGUUUCUCCUGCAGCACUUUGGAUUUGAAAUUAUACAACGACUGAGGUUAAAGUGCAGACUCCGCUUUAAUUUGAGGGUAUUUUCAUCCAUAUCGGGUGAACCGCUCAGAAAGAACAGGAUUUUUUGUACAUAUUCCCCCCCAUUUUUAAGGGAAUGGUUACAUUAUUUGGUCCCAUAUUCCCAGCAUGCAAUGCUUACAUUAAGCUUGACUGGAUGCGUUUGCUGUUUGUUUUGGUUGUGUGUCAGGGUAUUUUGUGCUCAAUAGAAGUUAAUGGUAAAUAUUGUAUUGUCACUUUUAUUAUAAAUUAGAAUAGUGUAUGUCUUCUAUAUUAGUGGCUACCAUGAUUACGGAUAAAACUGAAUGAAUUGUGAUUAAUGAGUGAAAGUUAGAGGCAUAAAUAUCAAACCCCUUCAAAAUGCUAACCUCCCCUGUUAUUGUAAUGGUAAGAUGUUAGCAUGUCUUGAGGGCAUGAUACUUGUGCGUCUGUACUCUAGCUUUCUCACUCAUUAUUCAGGACUAUCCGUAAUCAUUGUAGCAUCCAACAAGUUUGUAGAGUAACAACCUUGUUGUAAUCAAUAUGUGCUAGGACAAUGGGACCAAAUACUAUACUUUUGACUACUUUUACCACACAAGGAAUUUGUACCAAUUCAUUAACCCCCCCCCAUUUUAGGGGAUUAUGUUCAAGAAGUGUAAUUUCUAAACUGUUCAUAUGGAUAAAAAUACUAAUUAAAGCUGACGGUCUACACUUUAACCUAAUAAUCAUUGUAUCGUUUCAAAUACAACGUCUGGAGGUACAGAGCCAAAAGAACAAAACAUAAUUCACUGUUCCAAAACUUUUGGAGCUCUUUUGUUAAUAUUAUUGCUCUUUUGUUUUAUGGAUGUUUGCGUUUAACCAGUUCAAUGUAAGCUACAUAAUCCCCAAAAGUAGGUAUCAUGAGGGCCAUAAAUGAUAACUAGUAAUGUUGAGGAUACUAGCUCAAGUACACACAGUACAAAUGAUACAAUUCUAUUUGACAAAAUUGAAUGAAUAGAGCUUUGAAGUGUUUAUUCUUUCUAAAUAUUGCUUAAAUUAUAAAAUGACACUAAUAUCAUCUUCCUUAACUUUAAAUUACAUAUUUGUUUAGUGUUAGAGAACUCCUAUUUUCUGGAUGUUUCUCUUGUUCACAAUGUCUGACCCCCAUCGCUGUAAACAUCUCAGAGCUCUAGCUUGACUAUAUUAACUUUUUAGGAACACUCCUUUCAUCCUUAAUCAAUCUCUGAAUGUGCUACUGUAAUGAAACCACUCUCCUGCUGCGCUAUGAUGUAAGGAUUGCAGGCAUGUGCUUUGUCAGUAGAUGUGAUAUAGGGUUCAGCCAGGAGUUGGACAGUUGGAAGAGUGAUUGAAAUGGUAGAAGGACAUCCCAGCUUCAAGUGGUGUUAGAUUUCACAUCCUACAUCACGCAGGGUCGAACUGGUACCAGAACCACACAGGUCCCCAAACAAGGGACCUUAUGUCUAAGAGGUUAUAAACACACACAAAAAAAUGUUUUAUUUGCUCUGUAUAAAAAUGAAGAACGUAUGUACAGAAGAUGGUUUCAUGAAUGAUUGACCUGGUGAUCAGUAGGCGAUAAUAAAUUCUGAAAGAUUA